AUGAAAAGAAUCGUUGUACCCCAUCGUUGGUCAGAAAUGAAUCGCGUCGAGCACCCUCCAUUAAUGAUGAAGCAACUGUUUCAAGGUGUUUGUGGUGGAUUACGCUGGCUGGAGACAAAGUCACUGGCUCAGUAUUUGGCGGUGCGCGCCAUCGAAGAGGGGUACCCCAGCACACCAGGUGUGCGCAAGGCGCUUCAUGUAAAGAGGCCCCCCCUGCAAAAGAGGCGAGUGGUGCAGAGAAGCACAAAGUCAGCAACCGCAGCCUGUUCCUUGCCAACAACAGCGGCCCCAGCGCAACUUCCGCUUACUUCAUCCGGUGAUGCUCUAACCGUAACAGGGGGGCUCUCUCUGCAGGUGACGAAACAGAAGCGGCUGGUGUCUUAUGACGUUUUGGACUGCACGCUCGGCAGCGGCUACCACGCCGGUGCUGUUCUUGAAAAUGGUGGGCCGUACACCCGCGUUGUGGCACUUGAUUGCGACCACGACGCAAUGCACGCGGCGAGGGAUUUGGUUGAGGAGUUUGGUGGGGAUCGGCUUCGCUUUUACUGUUGUAAGAUGUCUGAGGCGAAGGCCAUGUUCGGUGAGCGGUCUUUUGAUGCUAUCAUGAUCGACGGCGGGGUUUCAGAUACGCAGUUGGAGGAUCCUGAGCGUGGGUUUCUGCUGGAUGAUGAGGGCGGUCACCGCCUUGACAUGCGCUUCGGGCCGCAGAUGGGAGUAGGUGCACUCGAAUACCUUAAUACUGUAUCGCAGCAUACGCUUGUUUCCUCGUUAUUGGCCUACGGUCUCUUGGAGUACGGUCAAGCAAUGAAGAUGUCACGCGCGAUAACCCGGCGAAAGCCGUUCGUGGAUUCACGUGAAGUGCUUACCUGUAUUGAACAAGCUGGAGAUGAGCUACCGGAGGGGGGCUGGCGCUCCCAAGGCAGCCGUCGCAAGUCGCCCAUGUCGUGGAAGUUCCUCACCUCAUUGCGAUGCAUAAUAAACAACGAGAUGUACGAGUUGAGGCAGGGCAUUGAGAAUGCGCUGUUGAUGCUUCGGGAUGAUGGGCGUUUGGUGGUGUUCAGCCGCCUCCCGUGGGAAGAGCGGCUUGUGCGUGGCACUGUAGACGACCACCCCCAUGCUUUGUUGUCCUAUGUGGAGGAUAUAUCGAUCGAUGACGUGCAAAUAUACGGCUUCACGCGCCAUGCGAAGAUGUGGGUCAUUACCCGCGCCGCCUCGUCGGCGUACGCAUUGAAAAAUACCACAACUCUUACGGAGGAGAAGUUCCGUGAGAGCUCCGUGCGAUGGCUUACUGGUAUGUAUGCCGGUCAAACACAUGGAUUUCCUGCAAAUAACUUUACCUUUGAGAACUUUGAACGGAAAGAGUGGGUAACGCUUCGCCGAAAUGGCAAACCACCCCCAGUUGACGUGGGGCUGGAUGACAAAUGA